GGCACCGCGGAAAGGGAGCGCGAGCAGUCUCCAGAUUUCCAGAAACAUAAAGGAGAACUCCCGACUUCAUUGAAUAAGCUACGGCAGCUGAUAGAAGACAAAGUUAACCUUCUUCGGUUUCCCAUCGCUGAGGACCAGCAGGAUUUGGUGUGUAAGGAAAACGCAGGAAAAGACGAACUGUGGAGAUUUGCUGUUCUGAGUCAAGAGCUGACCUUUCACCUCCAGCAGCUGCAGAGACAAACAGAACAAGAGCUCAGCAACAUUCGAACACAGCUCUGUGAGAUCGAAGAGCGCCAGCAGCAGCUGACUACUGAGCUGUCUGAGUUUCAAGAGAAGAAGAAACACACAGAGCUGAAGAGAAGCUCCAGCCUUCAGACGUCCACUUUUCAACUGUGUGCUUGUCGGGAGCUUCAGGCUUUAAUCACAGAGCGUUUGGUCCAAUCCGAGAGGCUGGUGUUCCAGGAGCAAGCACUGAGCACGCUCCGUAACCUGCUGACCCAAGACCUGCAGAGGUACCAGGAAGAGUCUCAGAAACUGACCCGUUUUACCCAGAAAAUACUCAGCAAAUCCCAAAGGUUGGACACAGAAGAAACCUUCACCAACACGCAGAGUGACGACAGCAUGCAGGGAAAGAACGAGACAAAACAGGAAAACAACAUGGCUCUCGAUUCUUCUUCAUCCCCAUCACCGCUUAGUCCUCACCUAACCACCAACAAGGAAGAGGCAGAGCAGGCCCGGAGAGUCAGUCAUAAAUCAACUGUAGGCCUGCCUUUCAGUUCAAACCUGCAGCGAGCCGGCAGCAUCAAAGACCUGAUCAGUAAAUUCUCAGGUUCAACUUACUUCUCAUGUGCAAGUCCUCAUUCUGGACCCGGCCGAUUCCUUAAGUCUGUUUCGAUGGAGGCUCUCAACACCGCAAAGUCUAGGUCAAGCCCAUUCAUGCCUAGCAGUGCUGGACCAGAUGAGAGCCCAGUUCCAAGAAUCAUUGUGAAUCCUUUUGAGGAAAACACUCAGAAUGGGGUUGAAAGAGAUUCCAAAGUUAGUUGUUCAGAGGGGGGCAACUCCCAGAAGACCGAUUCAGAACCAAGGAGCACAGCACAAGCUACAGACUCUGGUAAAGACUCAGUGGCUGACUCUGGCAUGGGAUCGGAGUCUGAGCUGGAUUUGAACAAGCAGACUGACAGCCAAUCAGAGGAGGACCCCUCCACACCCAGAGCUGUGUCGACCAGCCAGAACCCCAAAUAUCAGCUGUUCCUAAACAACGAGCUCAGAACUAAUGGGUCAGGUGGCAGGGAUGUCAAUGGCUCAGGAGGGGGCGGGUCAGUUGGAGGGAACAGCCCCAGGCUGGCCAGAUGGGAGACCACCCGGCUUGGGGCGAACAACUACCAAGGGUCCCUGGAGUCUCUGGCCUCACGGGACUGGGACACAGGUUCUGACAGGCUGGGUAUCAUAGACAGCCCUCCCAGAGUGUUUAACAGCCCCUACUCCACAACCACCUCCAUGGAUUACAACCCAACGUACCGAAUGUCAGAGUAUAAGGUUCAGGGUGGACUGUCUCCGUCCACCUCAGAGAUGAACCUGCUGAGCUUUAACAGUCGCAGCACCAGCCCAGUGGGUAUACCCACAUCCACCCUCGCCUCUUCCCGCACCCGAUUCUCCGCCUACGACACACUGAUGAGGAGGAGGGCCGAGGUCAACAACACUGUGGCCCCUGUCCAUUACAGCGCACGCUCUACUACACUGGGGGGACCCAGUAAAAAAGACUUCAUAGAGGAGCUGACCAAACAGCUGGAUGUCUGUCAGAAGCGCAACCAGUUCCUGGAGGCAGAGAGCGUUGAGAUGGAGAAGGAACGAAACCAGAUCAGGUUCGAGAUGCGCGGCCUGCUGGUGAACAACGAGGACCUGCUGAGGACCAACACUCAGCUGAGCAAAGAGCUGAAGAAGAUGAGAGAGCAGAUGAUAGAGAUGGAGAAAGAAACCCAGGCCAUAGGGGAGAGAUACAGACAGAUGGAGAUUGAGGUGAAGGAAGCCCGGGAAGUGAUGGUGGAGGCCAACACUCAGGAGUACGCCUUCAACUACCUCCAGCAGUCGCUGGAAAACAAGAUCCAGGAUGCCGAGGAUAACCUGGAGAAGCAGACACAGCAUGCUCAGAGUCUGUCUGAGAAGUUGUGGCGGGCAGAGAGACAACUGGAGGAGCUGGAGAUUGACAAAGAGACCAAGGACAAGAGGUCGUCUGAACUCAACAGCACCAUCAUCAGACUAGAGACAGAGCUGGGAGAAGCCCUGCAGGCGGCCACGCAGGCAGCAGUGGAGCUGAACCUGCAGCAGAAACUGCGCGAGGACACCCAACUGAGGGUGGAAGAGCUGGAGGAGUCUCUGCUGGAGAAGGACCAGGAGAUGCAAAGGCUGCAGGGCCUUGUCAGCAGACUGCAAGGAGAGGUCUCUGGUAAGCUGAUUGACAAGGAGCGGACGCUGGAGGAAGAGAUCCAGCUGAGAGAGAGGCUGCAGCUGCAGUGUAAGCAGGCAGAGAGGGCGGUGGACGAUCUCACCAUGGAGCUGCAAAGCAGUUAUCAAGCUAAAGAUGACCUAGCUAAACAACUAAAACAGUCUCAGGAGAAGAUCAUCGACUUGGAGAGCGAUCUGGAGGAGCUGCACGACAGCGAGCAGAGAUGGGCCCACAAACACAAGAGAGCAAUCGAACAGACUGAGCAGCUGCAGCUCAAGUUGGUUCAGGAGAAAGAUCUGAACGACCAGCUGGAAAUAGAGAAGGCUGCCAUGGAGAGACAGUUGCGUGAGCUGCGUAUGGAGGUUGAGGAUCUCCAGAGCUCCAGAGUUCAGGACGACAUCAUUUCCAGGAAUGAGAGUCGAGUCAAGGAGUUGGAAAACAUGCUGAGGGUUGAGGAAAGGAACAGAACAACUCUAUCAAACACCAUCAGUAAACUUGAGAGGAAGAUCAAGGAGCUGAGUGAUCAGAUGGAGGAGGAGCAACGGCUAGCUACUGAACAGAAAGACCUGAUGACGCAGAGGAUCCGCUCCCUGAAACGCCAGCUGAAUGAGGUCGAGGAGGAGGCGAGCAGGAAGGAGGUGCAAUACCGCCACACCCAGAGAGAGCUGGCUGAGGAGAGAGAGACCAGCAGCCGUCUGCAGAGGCAGCUGCUCGACCAGCACCUGCAGAACAAGCGUAAGGAGAACCUGACAAUCCGUCAGACUCUGGACAACCUGAGGUUGGACUUGAGCGUGGACGAUGAAGAAGACGACCAGCAGCUUCAACAACAAACAAACAGUCACACCGUAGUUUAAACCCUUAUUGCUCCAUAGUGUCAGUAUACACAUGUGUAAAAACAUUUUAAACAGUAUAUCUUUCUUCCACCAGAAAUUUGCAUUGGCACCACAAUUAAAACAAAUAAACCCUGUGAAAUGUAUCACAAACCCUUUCAAAGCUAAUCAUACAUUAACUGGGUGCAACAGCUUAACUUUGUAUUUUACUUGUAAAAAGAGUUUACUGCAUUAUUCUUUCCUACAAGUUUAUAUGAAAGUUCCAGAAUUGGGUUACUUAUCACCCCCUUGUGGCCAUGAAGAGGAACUACAUCCUCAAGCAGCCACUUUAAGCCACUGAAGAAGUUCCUACUGGACUCACAACCUCUGAUCUCCUUAAAAUAUUCCCAUGAUUUGCAGUGAUUGUUAUGACAUAUUGAGGAUUUCAUAUAAAGUUUUUAAGCUGUUAAAUUAGACUUACAAGAAGAAAAAGUGACUAGUUGUUUCCUGGAAGUUCAACACUUAAUAACUUUCAUUUUUUUUUAAUUAGAUGUCUCUUGGCUAAUGUCUGUUUUCAUAAAGAGGGAUUUUCUGUGUUCAUACAGCUGCAGUAUUUGGUUGUGGACAUAUUCCAGGGCAAUGGAACACAACAAAGUGUAAAUGUUGGAAAACUGAGGGAAUCUUCAGAGUCGAUCGUAGCUUUUUUUUUUUUUUUUUAUUCAGAAACAUCUUUAAGAGAUUAUUUAUGUUAAAUGUUUUUGUUUCUUUGUCAGCUUUUAAGAUUUGAAGAUGUUUUUAAUUGCAUGUGGGAUUUCUUAAAUCCAGAAUUAAGUUUUUAGAAAAAAAUUGUAACUGAGGACUUUCAGUUUUGUGUGGGUUUGUUGACGUGUCAGGGUAAGUUGUCUGGUGUUUGUAUUGAAAAUAAGAUUAAGAGAUAAGAUUUGUUUAAAGAAAAAAGACAGCAAAACCAAAUUGUUAUUCAGUCAUUCAUUCAUUCUCUAUAGCGCUUGGUCAAAUUCAGGGUUGCGAAGAGGCUAGCAAUUAACAGGCAAGAGGCAGGGUACAUCCUGGACAAGUGAGGUAUAAAGGCAAAGGUAUCCACCACGGGUCAGAUUGUCUAUAACAAGGUUUUGACCAUAAAGUGAUGCAAUAGGUCUCAGGAAUUACAUGUCUCAAAUAUGAUUCAUUACUCGUUAAAUGGUUAAACACACUCAGGAUAGACUAGAGUUCUUAACCUUUUUUAUGUUCAAGCCCUUUUUUCCAGCUAAAACCAUGUCAAAUUUGACACAAUGAAAAAUGUCUUUGCAUCACAAAGAUAUUUAUAUAUCACAUGUAUGUGAAACUAUACAUACAAGAGGCCCAAUAGGCUAAUAAUAUUGGAAUAAUAUCAGGCUCCUACAAAAAGCAAUUUAAAAGCUCAUUAGGAUAAUAAACACAAAAUAUAGUAUAGUUGAACAUUAGAUGUUACUACAGCAAAAAAUUUAUAAUUUAAUAAAUAUAUAAAAAAAUAAAAAGAAAGAUCUUCAAAAUAAUAAAAGGUUCAAAUAAAAAAAAAUGAAAUAAAUGUAGUUUAUUGGGUGUUUAAAUGCCAAACAUUUAAAUGAAAAAUUUAUUUAGUAAACUUUUCUUAUAAUUUUUUUAGAGUUGCCAGACAUGACAGACGUUGGUUGCUAGAUGCUGCUCCAGUGCUUCGCAGAUGGAUAGCGUUUGCUAAUGUCUCGGCUCUGCCUCAGUUUACAAAACCGUACUUCAUGAAUCAGAUUGUUCUUGCGAAAUACUUUUGGCCAUUUUGGGGAUA